AUGUCCCCCUCUGCACUCUUCGACGACGAGGUCGCGGUCCGGUCGGACAAGACCGAGGCCGUGCGGUCGGGCAAGGCACUCGAGGACCUGUCGGACGCCAUUGACAAGGUCAAUGUGCUCAAGGGCCGGCAGACGGCCGACGAGGCGGUGGUGUACACGGAGAAGUCACAGUUCGACCAGGAAAAGGACAAGACGCAGUUCCGGCAGUACGACGACGCGUGCGAGCGGGUCAAGACAUUCUACCGCGAGCAGCACGAGAAGCAGACGGUGGCCUACAACCUGCAGGCACGAGCCCAGUUCCACUCACUGAGCCGGCAGCGAGCCGAGAUGACGGUCUGGGAGGCGAUCGAGAAGCUCAACACGCUGAUCGACGAAUCGGACCCGGACACGGAGCUGAGCCAGAUUCAGCAUCUGCUGCAGAGCGCCGAGGCGAUCCGCCGUGACGGCAAGCCGCGCUGGAUGCAGCUGACCGGCCUGAUCCACGACCUCGGCAAGCUGCUGUACUUUUAUGGUGCCCAGGGCCAGUGGGACGUCGUGGGCGACACCUUUCCCGUCGGCCUCGCCUUUGAUCGUCGCAUCAUCUAUCCCGACAGCUUUACCGGCAACCCGGACCGCGACCAUCCCAUCUACGGCUCCACCCUGGGCAUCUACUCGGCCGGCUGCGGUCUCGACAACGUCAUGCUCUCCUGGGGCCAUGAUGAGUACCUCUACCACGUCAUCAAGGACCAGAGCCUGCUGCCACCCGAGAGUCUCGCCAUGAUCCGCUACCACUCCUUCUACCCGUGGCACAGCGCCGGCGCCUACCGCGAGCUCAUGGCCGACAAGGACCACGCCAUGCUCGAGGCCGUCAAGGCCUUCAACCCCUAUGAUCUCUACAGCAAGAGCGACGAGGUGCCUAGCGUCGACCUUCUCAAGCCGUACUACCUCGAACUCAUCGACGAGUUCUUCCCGCAAAAAGUGAUCAAGUGGUAG